AUGACAGAAGUCCCCGCAACACUCAGUGGGGCUGAGUGUAAUGGGGAGAGCCCCCCAGAACAUGCGCAAAAUCCUGUCAUUGAGAUCAGUGGUGACAUGACUGAUGUGGCCUGCAGGGCUGAGCCCCAUCCUGAGGAUUUACCCCACAAAGGGAGCCAGGGAGCAGGUGGAACACCACAAGGAGGCACGCUGCUCAGCUUGUCCUUGGAUGGGAAGAUCUUGAAAGAAAACCCAGAAGAGAACCUGUUCAUUGUUCAUAAGGCUAUCACAGAUCUUUCUCUUCAGGAAACAAGUGCUGACAAAAUGACAUUCAGAGAAGGACAUGAGUGGGAGAAGAUCCCUUCAAGCAGCACCAGUAACCAGGAGCUAAGGAGCCCCCCGGAGAGGAAGACCGAACUACUUCUAGAGGAGACAGGUGAAGACAGUAAGACUGAAGCUCACUGGGCAACAGAAACGGAAUGUCUGGAAUUUCAGAGACCUAGCCACACUGUUGUAUUGCAUUCUAAACAAGAGGAGGAGGAAGAGGUUUGGGAUGAAGAAACUAAUGACGUUGAUAGUUGCAUCGAUGAUGAAGAUGAAGUCCGAGUGAUAGAAUUUAAGAAAAAGCAUGAAGUGGAUCCUGAAUUCCAAGGAGGAGGGGAUGUAAGUGAGGACUCUCCACUAAGCAGCCCUAGCUCACAACCUGUGACACCUGAUGAGCCACCAGCAUUGGGAAAGAAGGGCGAUAUCUCCAGAAAUACUUACUCAAGAUAUAAUACAAUAUCCUAUCGCAAAAUCAGGAAGGGGAACACCAAGCAACGAAUUGACGAAUUUGAGUCUAUGAUGCAUUUGUGA